AGUAGAUGUAACAUGCACGUGUUCGACGUCAUCUUUCGGCUUGCAAAGCUUGUUCUCAUUCCUCCCUCGAUUCACGACUCGAGGAUAUUGUCAUCAUUAUUGGCAAUUUAUUUCAGCUUGACUGUCUUCAAGCUUUAAUUUCCCUCUUAUCAACUUCGAUCCACCUUCUCCUCCUCGUACUGUCAGGUUCUUUUCCCUUUCUCCACUGUCUUGACUAUCCAGUAGGAUAUUAUUCGUGAGUGAGCUCUAAUCUCCGAGGACUUUGACUCUCAAUUGAUAUCUUCUUCAUUCUCUUCGAAGGAACGUCCAACUCGCGCCCAACAUGUCCGGCGAAGCGUGGCUCUACCUGUUGUCGGUGUUGAUCAACGCCGUCAACCUCUUCCUCCAGGUGUUCUUCACGAUUAUGUACAGUGACCUCGAAUGCGAUUACAUCAACCCCAUCGACCUCUGCAACCGCCUCAAUGCCUAUAUCAUCCCCGAAGCCGCUGUCCACGCUUUCCUGACCUUCCUCUUCGUUAUUAACGGGUACUGGCUCGCCAUCGUGCUGAACCUGCCCCUCGUGGCGUUCAACGCGAAGAAGAUCUACGAUAACCAGCAUCUCCUAGAUGCGACCGAGAUUUUCCGCAAGCUGAAUGUGCACAAGAAGGAAUCAUUCAUCAAGCUUGGCUUCCACCUCCUGAUGUUCUUCUUCUACCUCUACAGCAUGAUCGUUGCCCUGAUCCGCGAUGAGGGCCACUGACUUCGUGAAAAGACCGAACACGCGAUGCGCCAUGGUCGUCCUGGCUAGAAGGGGCCGCCUGUCGGUGAACUGCUGUCAUAGAAUCUCGAAUCGGUGCUCCCUGAAUGUUAUCUUCGGCUUGGUUCGCAUUCGAAUGCCCCGCAGCCCCAUGACAGCGAUG